AGGCCUCCUCUGUCAAUCAAUGAUAAAUUAGAAUUAUUGAGAUAAAACGUAGUGAACAGAUAGAUAACUUGACGUGCUAGCUCUAGAAUGUCUUCAAUCGUUGUCCAGUGAUGAAACAAGUGCCAUGAAUUUUGACGAAUUUCUCAUCACCAAGCUUGGAAGCUUCGGUCGUUGGCAGAAGUUCAUCUUCUUGUGUGCGUGUGUCGUGGCCUUUGGCAAUGCCAUGGUUACAAUGACCCAAACGUUCGUGCUCUACACGCCAGCUUAUCGUUGCAAAAUCCCGGAAUGUGACGAUUUGGGGCCUUAUGAAGGGCCCGAAUUUCUGAACUUCUCAAUUCCCUUCUGGGGUGAUGAGGACAUUGAAGUGGGCAGUGUUGAGGAUGAAGAGAGGAGCUGUGAAGCUUUUGUGCACAGAGGGACUACCACUCCUUCAUCUGGUCUUGAAGAUGGGAACAACUGGUGCUCUCCAGCUAUGUUUAGCGCUGCAGAGAGAUAUGUGUGUUCGGAGCAUAUUUACAAGAAGGCGGAAUAUGGGAAUUCCUUAGUAAUGGAACUGGACCUUCCUCCGUGUUCCAAGCUUGAAUCGAAUUGGCCUUUGGAUCCACUCAUAUCCAAAGCCACGUUUUUGGGCAUGAGCUAUAUGUUUGGUCAGCUUUUUGGCUCUUUCUUUGCCGGCCUCGUUGGUGAUUUGUUGGGUCGGAUUCCCACCAUGAUGGUAUUCAUCGUCGCCACUGCCGGCCUCCACUUGGGUGGAUCAUUUGUCACCUCCUACUGGCUCUACUUUUUCAUUCGAAUGUUCUCAGGGGCUUUCUCUAAAGGGUUGUUCAUCCCUGCCAGUACUUACGUGGUUGAAAUUACUGCUCCGGAAUACCGGAUGCCCCUUGGGAUCUUGCUCAACAUCCCAUAUGCUCUUGGUGAGAUGUUUGUUGGGCUCAUGGCCUAUCUUAUGCAAGAUUGGAGGACGUUCCAGAUGACUUUGGCCAUCUUGGUGUUCUUACUGGCUGGCUUAUGGAUCGUGAUGCCUGAGUCUCCUCGAUGGCUCAUUUCCAAGGGAAGAAUGGAAAAGGCCAGAGUCAUCUUGACCAAGGCUGCUAGAAUGAAUCGGAAGACAAUUCCCAUUCAGGAUUUACUGAUUUUGGAGGAAGACCAUGUUGAAGAAAACUUGGGAGUUUGGUCGUUAUUCUCAGGCUGGAUUGUGACCAAAGUGACUUUGAUCAUGUUUAUCAAUUGGAUUGUGGCAACCAUGGCAUUCUAUGGUUUGUCACUAAAUUCGGUCAAUUUAGGGGGUGAUAUUUAUGUCAAUUUCAUUCUCUCGGCUCUAAUCGAGAUCCCAUCAUAUAUCUUCGUGGUGCUUGUCAUGGAUGGCUUUGGUCGGAAGACCAUCUUGAUUUUCUGUCAGAUCUUGGCUGGGGCCACUUGCAUUGCCGCCGGAUUUGUCCAGCAAAACUGGUUGAUCACGACCUUGACCUUGAUCGGUAAAUUUGGAGCAUCAGCCUCGUUUUCCAUUGUCUACUUAUACACUGCCGAGCUUUAUCCGACUAUUAUUCGGAACAGCGCCGUGGGGGCGUCAUCCAUGGUAGCUCGAAUUGGUAGUAUUAUUGCUCCACUGUUGGCUGGACUUUCGCCAAUUUGGAUUCCGUUGGUUGUCAUGGGAGGUGCUUGUCUGGUGGGUGGGAUCUUGGCCAUUUUCUUACCAGAAACAUUGGGGAUGCCCUUACCAGAAUCAAUUGACGACAUAAACGUGUUGUAUGAAAACGAAAAGCCUUGGUACAAAUGGAUCAAGAGAGUUGAAUUGAGGAAAAAGACAGAAGUUGCUUCGCAUGAGAUGGAGCUCCAUCAUCAUCAUAAUCCUCACGGUUCCAACGGACAAUUAGAUGUUCCAAAGCAAAUGCAUUAUAAGUUCGUCGUUCCUGAUAUAACUGUUCAUCCAGCUACACCUUACGUGCCAAGAAAAACAGCCGAUGAAGUGGUUCACCCUUCAUCGGACCAUUCAAUAGCUUCGAACAUUAUAUUAAUGAAUGAUGCCACAGACGGAAUUGUGGUCGGUGCCGAGGAAAAGAUUGACCAAGCAAGUGAAUGUACCAUGAUAGUGACCGAUGAAAAUGAAAACGAGACCCCUCAGACAGUUGUCAUUGAAACUCCUGUAGGGAUCAUGAACCCGAAGAAAAUUCCAAUGGACAGACAAGCAAGUACAGAUUCCAAGGCCAGUUCUUUGGGUUAUAUUCCAGAGGAGGAGGAAGAGGAAGAUGAAGAGGAAACUGGGUCUAGAGGCAUACCUGAAAUAGAGGUUACGAAAACUUCACCCAAGACUGCCACUAUUGUGCCCAAGGCUCCAAGUAAAAAAUUCAGCCAGAUUGGUCCCGCCCCCAAGGACAGCCCAUUAGCCAAACACAUUGGCAGUUUCGUCGCCAUCCCAACCGAAGGGCAAUUGGCCGAGACCACCAAGGUUGUUAAGGCUGAUGAUGAGGAUAAAAGCAGACGUUUCAGUAAGCUCGCUCCUGCUCCCAAAGACAGUCCCCUGGCUAAACGCAUUGGGAACUUUGUGACGAUUCCUACCGAAACUCAUGUGUCAGAAACAGGUCUGGGAGUGAAGGUAGAGGAAAAAAGUAGACGGUUCAGUAAAUUGCCUCCUGCACCCAUUGACAGUCAGCACGCGGUUAAAAUGGGCUCGAAGUUCACCAUGAUACCCACGGAGGUCGAGCCCAAGUGAUGAUGGAUAAAUCUCUUUU